AUGCGCAACCCAAGCCCGACGAGGUGCCUCACUGGAUGGUGCCUCGCCGAAUCGAACGUUUAUCAACCCUCAAGAACGCCGCGUCCAACCGCAGCAGGUGGUUUUACCUGCGAGAAACAUUGGGAACCGGUCAGAGAUGUACUAUCACCAACGCCAAUCACUCCGGGUACUCUUAGCAAGAGCAAGAACGCUCCCGAUAUCAUAGAGCGUGCUGCGAACCUGCCCUCCAUAGAUAUCGCCUUUUCCUUCAAAGACCUUGAUCCUUGCGAAUAUGAGAAUCCGGACAGUGUCUCCCAGGCCGAUAUCAUCGCAGAUUCCGGAUUGCGGUGGCUAGAUAUCGACCGCGCGCGGAUCGCCAACCAGCCGACUGCCCAGCAGCCCUUCCAUAGACGUGCAGUGUCGUCCGUCGAGUCUGGAAUGGAACAUCACCAGCCGCAUUCUAGGCACUUUAGCAACUGCCAAGGCAACCGUGCUGAUCCUUCCUUGGAGCCAUCAGAAGUCAACAAUGGCAAGAUCUCAGCAUGGUUGACUGGCUUAAUAACACCUUCCUACAAGCCUGAGAUGCAAGAGGCUCCAACUAUGCCAGCACUACAGCGGCUCAAAACAGAAAAGAACCGAGUCGAGCCUGGAAAUCUUGGAGUGGUUGACUAUCUAACUGCCAUGGCAAGUCGGCGUGCACCCGAUAGUCCUAGCGAUGGUCUUUCAGAAGGUGGGGUGAACAUUGAUCCUCAGGUUGAGGAUCUUGCACUGUCUAACAGACUCUCCGAUUCCGGGCUGGAAGAGAAAUCAUUGUCGCUAGACUCACUUGACCCGCCAGCCAUCGUCGACCUGAAACACCAGAAUCAACUUGAACCUGGGCUCAAGGAAUGGCUCAGCAAUGUUCCAGCCCAGUAUCUCUCGACCAGAUUUGGGUCUGGGUAUGAUGGGCCUCCCAGCCCUACAAGAGACCAAGCAAGGCUAGAGUCGACAUCAUGUAAUGGAUCAUCUGCGGCAAAGAAUGUUGCAGAUCAGCGUUACCACAGCAAAAAUUAUUACAGUGCGGCGGGAACGAUUGAUUGGGAGAAGAGCUGGUUCAAGCACAAGCCACGGCGCGCACACGACGUGUCCGAGGUGACUUCCCCGGACUACUCGGUCCACAAGCACGCUGUCGAUCUCUUCUCAAUGACAGGCUUUGACAGCGAUCAGAGCGAAGGUGAAAGCCCUGACAGUAACACUCCGAAUAAGGACGUGUCAGGACUGCCUAAUGCACUGACGUUCAAGUCUUGUCCCGAAUUAGGUACUGUCGAAGAAGUGGAAGGCAAGACGUCAAAGUCUAUCUUGGGGGCAAUCCACCCUCUCCAUCGUCAUGGCAUUCGUAGGGCCUUUAGUAAACCAUUUCGUUACUUGAAAAGGAAAAUUAGUGGCGCGCCAACCGAUUCCUCCAUUCGAUCCGAUUUUCCAGCCCCUCCAUACGGAACAGAGCGUCGAAUAUUAUCACGAGGUUCUGCUGACAUCUAUCCGUCGUCGGGUCAGGAAUCCCCCGUAUUCAACACUCCAGUCAGAGCACCAUCGGAAGCACAAGCUCGGUUGAAGAAAGACUUGGAAGGGGCAGAUCAAAUCUACACUGGGCCGGCGGCCAUGUCUGGAGGUAAAAUAGUCGAUGAAGGCAAUGGUGUGUUCUGCCCAUCAGUCAGUGCACCAUUCCUUUUGGCCAAGUCGACAUCACACUCAACGCCAGCAAGAUUCGGACCAAGGAGAAGAACAACAGCCAGAAGUCGUUUGUCUGAAGUCACCACACCGGAAGAUCUUGCUACACCUGAAAUUUCUCUGAGCCCUUGCAGCCCAGAGAUUGACUUCAACUCUGCAGAUUGUGCAGUCAUGGAUUGGCAAGAUGAUGAUGAGACUGGCCUAGCGCCUCAUUCGCCAACGGCGAGCCGCGAUAAUGUCAAUUCCCCUCAUACACUCUUGUCAACACCAAGCAGUGCGCAACAUUAUCGCUCGUCCCCGAUACUCGUAGGAGAAGCUCAUUACCUACCAAGAGCUGGCUUGGCAUUGAGACGGGUUAUCGAAUCUAUGCUGGAGAAUGAAUCAGACACGGCUCCACCUUCAUGCUCCGCUGAAGAGGCACUGAAAUCCGAAACAAAUGACACAGAGCCUCAUCAGUCUGCGGGCUCGCAAUCAAUUGAUGGUGUAGAAGGAAGUCACAGCGAGGAGGGAGCAGCUUCAAGAUCAAUGAGCCCGCCUGUUCUGUCUGGAAUCCCUCUCGAUCAGCGAGGCGCUGAUUGUACUAAUGCCAGCGGUGGUUCCGAUGCAGAUACUUCAAGCGCUAUAAUCGCAAAACGCGAAUCGUGCCACCCUGAUACUUGGAAUUCUUCGAAGGGUGAGCCGGGUGAUUCGGAUCCAUUUUGCCCUCUUAGCUGCAAUUCCGAAGAGCCAAGCCCCCGCUCAUCACUGUAA